CUCUGAGCUCACUGUUACCGCCCUGUCCUUGGCCCAGGAGCUCACCCUCUGUGUGCCCUGCAGAAUGCUGCAGCUGAGCCUGUCCUGGCUGGGCCUGGGGCCACUGGCAGCCUCCCCGUGGCAGCUCCUGCUACUGGUGGGGGCCUCCUGGCUCCUGGCCCGCUUCCUGGCCUGGGCCUACACCUUCUAUGGCAGGUGUUGCCGCCUCCGAUGUUUCCCGCAGCCCCCAAGGCGGAACUGGUUUUGGGGUCACCUGGGCCAGGUCACUCCCACUGAGCAGGGCUUGAGGACCGUAACUCAGCUGAUUACCACCUACCCGCAUGGAUUUAUGACCUGGCAGGGUCCCAUCAUGCCCCUCAUCAUUUUAUGCCACCCUGACAUGGUCCGGGCGAUCACCAACGCCUCAGGUACCCACACAGAGCUUGACCCAGCCCUCUUCCCCUCUUUUCUCUCAGCCACCUUCCUCUUUUCUUUAUGCAUUCAAGCCUGCCUCCUCCCUCUAAUUCCCUCUGUCCCCUUUCUAUUGUCCUGGACAACACUGGUGCCUCAGUAGGUUUCAAUCCAAGGUCCUCUUCUGGAGGAAACCCCAAUCUUGAUGAGAUAGAUCUGGACAGAGGGAUCCCCAACCUGCUGUGGUCAGGAAUUGUGCAGAGGAGGCUGUGGCAGCCCAGAGGAGAAGCAAGAUCUCUGCUGGGGCAGGCUGGAAGGCUUCCUGGAGGAGGAGGUGCUGGAAAUAGAUGUGGAACAAUGAGCAGAAAUUGUUUAAAGCAGAGGGUCGAAUGACUCAGUGGGCAUUGCUAGCAUCCGAGGCACCCUGCCAGGCCUGGCCUCAGACCUACCCACCCCCAUCAGGCCCAGGGCUAUGAGGCCUUGCCGCU